GACUUGAGUCCAAGGCCAGAUUUUUCUUACCUCUUUGCCCUUAAUAGGGGAAACUGAGGCAUCUGCAGGAGAAACAGGAAAGCUGAAGUCGGCAAUCCCAGGCUCUGAGAACCUGCUUGACCCUCGGCUUGGGAGCCUUCUCAGCGACCCCAAGACUCUGUGAGGGUUCGGGUCCCCGGUGGCCGAGAACAAGCUCGCAGGCGGGCGGCGGCAGGGGGCGCUCGCUACCUUGUCACGCGCUCCUCCUCGGGGUCCGCAGGCCCGACGGAGUCCAGUCGGGGCGGGAAAGCAUUUGGGGAAGGGUCUGCCCGCUCGCCUCACGCCUUCCGCUCGGCUUCUGGCCUCUCGGGCUCCGGGGAGCGCGUGUGGUUUAUGAUGCUCCAAAGCCCCGACACACCCACCCACCCUCUCCUUAGGGCUCUUGGGCAGCGGGAAGGGGAGAUCAGCUUGCGGCCACUCCCCCACACCGGAGGGCUCGGCCCUAGCAGCGCAAUCCGCAGGAGACACAUCCCGCCUCGUGCCCGCGGACCUUCCAGCUCCGCGUCCCGGCUCCUUUGGUGCACCGACCCUUCCACUUCUGCCAGCAUCCUUCCCUCGGUCGGGAAGAUCCCAGACGCCGGGCCUCUCUGACCUGCCGCAGAGUGGAGGCUGGGAGGAAAAGGGUAGGGGCGCCAGAGCGGAGGCCAGGGGCGCGGGGAGGCUGCGGCCCGCGCGCCCCCCAGCGAGGCGCACCUUCCACCCACCCUGGGUUCCCCCCCGCCCGCCCCGCCUCCCUUCCUCCUCCCGCUCCCGCCUCCAGUCUCCUCCUUCCUCCAGCCGCGCUUGCUCUCCUCCUCACUCCCCGGCGGCGGCGUGCUGCCUUGCAGGCGCGGCUCCGGGUUACAGGAGCUCCGGGAGCGGGUCUGCCUCCGCGCCUCCUCCGAACCGGCUGCGCACCCCCUGCCCGGCUGGCCGGGCCCCGCGCCCCAGCGUGAGUCCAGCAGCCUCCCCGCGUCAGGGCGCAACUUUCCCCUGGUUCCCGGCGGGGCGGGGACCUCAGAGGGACAACUUGGUAAACUUCUCUGGGGCGGACGGCAGGGGUGCCGGACGCCGGUACACCGGGGUGUAGGAGGGCCGUGGCCGGCCCCGGGGCGUCCCCCGACCCCUUUCGGCCUGGCCAUGGGGCUCCAGCGCAUUUAGCACCGCCAGGGGGGCGACCCCCUCGUCCAGCCGACCUGGGUGGGACAGCGCCGUCGCCGGCUGUGCGCGCGCUGGGGCGAGCAGCGCCCGCUCUGGCCGCGUCCGGCCCCGCCAUGGACCACCAGGAGCCCUACUCGGUGCAGGCCACUGCGGCCAUCGCGGCAGUCAUCACCUUCCUCAUCCUCUUCACCAUCUUCGGCAACGCGCUGGUCAUCUUGGCUGUGCUGACCAGCCGCUCGCUGCGCGCCCCGCAGAACCUGUUCCUAGUGUCGCUGGCCGCCGCCGACAUCCUGGUAGCCGCGCUCAUCAUCCCUUUCUCGCUGGCCAACGAGUUGCUGGGCUACUGGUACUUCUGGCGCACCUGGUGCGAGGUAUACCUGGCCCUCGACGUGCUCUUCUGCACUUCCUCCAUCGUGCACCUGUGUGCCAUCAGCCUGGACCGCUACUGGGCGGUGAGCCGGGCCCUGGAGUACAACUCCAAGCGCACCCCGCGCCGCAUCAAGUUCAUCAUCCUCAUCGUAUGGCUCAUCGCAGCGGUCAUCUCGCUGCCGCCCCUCAUCUACAAGGGCGACCAGGGUCCCCAGCCCCUGGCCCGCCCUCAGUGCAAGCUCAACCAAGAGGCCUGGUACAUUCUGGCCUCCAGCAUUGGAUCUUUCUUUGCACCCUGCCUUAUCAUGAUCCUGGUCUACCUGCGCAUCUACCUGAUCGCCAAGCGCAGCCACCGCAGAGGCCCCAGGGCCAAAGGGGGGCCUGGGGAGAGGGAGUCUAAGCAGCCACACCCUGUCCCUGGGGAAGUUUCAGACUCAGCCAAACUGCCAACCUUGGCCUCUCAACUGGCCACUCCUGGAGAGGUCAACGGAUGCUCCCAACAUCGCCCAGGGGAGAAGGGGGAGGGGGAGACCCCUGAAGCCCCAGGCACUCCUGCCUUGCCACCCAGCUGGCCUGCCAUCCCCAAGUCAGGCCAGGGUCAGAAGGAAGGGGUCUGUGGUUCAUCUCCGGAGGAGGAGGCAGAAGAGGAGGAAGAAGAGGGUUGUGAGCCGCAGGCCUUGCCGGUGUCUCCUGCCUCAGCUUGCAGCCCGCCCCUGCAGCAGCCACAGGGUUCCCGGGUGCUGGCAACCCUGCGUGGCCAGGUGCUCCUGGGCAGGGGCACAGGCACUGCGGGGGCACAGUGGUGGCGGCGGAGGACGCAGCUGAGCCGAGAGAAGAGGUUCACCUUCGUGCUGGCUGUGGUCAUCGGCGUCUUCGUGCUCUGCUGGUUCCCUUUCUUCUUCAGCUACAGCCUGGGUGCCAUCUGCCCGCAGCACUGCAAGGUGCCCCACGGCCUCUUCCAGUUCUUCUUUUGGAUCGGCUACUGCAAUAGCUCGCUGAACCCCGUCAUCUACACUAUCUUCAACCAGGACUUUCGCCGUGCCUUCCGGAGGAUCCUGUGCCGCCAGUGGACCCAGACAGCCUGGUGAGCCUGCCAGCCUGCUGCCUGUGUAGGGUGGUCCCAGGUGGUGCCGGGGUUACCCUGCUUCACCCUGUUUUAGGUGGCCACCUCCCUGGGCUUUCUGGUCCCUUCCUGGUCCUGAAGCCUCAUCCUGGGGACCCCCUGGGAGGGUCAGGGGGUCUAUUUGAAGGCUCCCCUUGCAGGCUACAGUCCAUGGGGUCAAGAAGAGUCGGACACGACUGAGCGACUAACCCAUACACACACACACACACACACACACACACACUUGCUGGCUUGGCUGUGGGGGGCCAUCUUCUCCACCCACUGCCUGUACAAGGUCAGAUGGACGAGGCUUGGCCCAUCCUGAACGUAGCUGAAUGUUCUGGGCUCCCCUCCCAGAACCACAGACCCCUGCCAACCACUGGUGGGCUUCCCUCCCCUGAGAAUGCCGUGUCUUCUGGUUGACCACUUGCCGUGUCUUCUUUUUUUCCUCUUCUUCCCCUGGAAAACAGCAGGAAGCCAGCCUUCUACUUUUUCUAGGAGGGCCUGCUGCUGAGGAAGAAGCAGAAAUGACGACAGGCAUCCAUGUUGGGUGCACAGGUCCCGAUGAGGCCCUGGGUGGGGGUUUAUGGGCUGGCACUGUCUUUGGGCCCUUCUUCGCCUUGGUCCUGCUUUUGGGUUUGUAACUCCUUUAAAGACCAGAGUCUUGGAUCGUUUUCCUCACUCGGCGCCCCUCUGGAAGGCAGGUGGGUGUGUGGAUGCCUCCGUGGGGUGGUCUGGAGGCCUGGCCUCCUCCUCGACGGGAGGGCCCUGAUCACUAGCGUUCACCCCCUGCAAAAACUGGGGUGACAGUAGCUUGCCGCCUACUUGCCGCCGGGAGAUGAAAGGCAUGGCUGAAAGUGUUGAGCUCCAUGGGGGUAACGCAUUAGAGAACCAGAAAAUGUGAUUAUUCAGUGAUACAAAAAUCCCCCUUUUCUGUGUUUACCACUGCCUGUCUUCCUGUAGACUUUUGUUCUGUGCCUGGGGUGUGAAUUCCUACCCCAAACUGGAAGUGGGGAGUGGCAGACAGAACCACAGUUUCAGUUCAAGGAUUUCUUUGAGAAUGUGUUCUUAUGCCUGCAAAGAUUUGAGUUAUUAUGCUGCAUGACAACUUCUCAACAUUUCACCUGCAACACCAAGAGGGUUUUUAUUGGAUUGGACACCCCUCCCCCACAACGGGGGAGAAAUCUUUUGUCAUCAAGCUGGUGAAUGUUUCCCCAAGAUCUCUAAAGAUACCCACUGCAAGGGAAUGGGGUGAGAUGAGCGUGUGUGGCGGAGUGCUGGGGCUGGAGCAGGUGGGUAGGGGCCCGUGGACUCCUAGGGGGCUCCCACUGGAGUCCCCAGGCUGGGCUCCAAGCCCCACGUGGGCCCCUGUGAUGCAUAGCUGACCCUGCCCCUGGUGGGUACCGUCUGCCCAUCUCAGACCCAGCCGUGUUGCUCCACCCCACUGCGGGGGCUCCAGGGGCCUCUCCCUCUUGGUCCCCUCUCCCGUCCCUCCUGGAACAACUGGGAACACUGGGAAGAUGUUUCCCAGCCUUCCCCAUGGGUAUGCCUGGCUUCACCAUUAAGCCAGUGAGCGCCUUAUCUUGGGGGCUGGGCUGAGCAGCACAGGCACUGAUGGGCCUGGCUGGAUUUGGAGGGAUGUUGGGGGAGUUUUCUGGGGUGGAGAGAACGGAGGGGACCAGAGUCGCUCCUGGGGCAGGAGGCCAUCCAGCUCAUUCCCUGGUCUCAGCGUGAGGCUGGGCCUGGCCUGGGGGCAGGGCCAGGGAGGCUGGGCCCGGGGAGGGGCUGACUUGUGCCAUCCGCCAACUAGUCUCACGUGCCCCCCGCGGGACACUGCUGUUGUUGCUCGUGUCCCCUUGUGAUAUGCAGGUUUUUAUUUUUUUUAAAGUCUGAGCUAUUUUAUCAAUAAAGGAUAUUUUGUAAUAAG